GUCUUUGAGCCGAAGUAUGAGCUGUGUCGAUAUCACAAUGCGCUUGGACUUUCGCUUCGAUUGAAAAAAGUGAACACUCAGUGAACAGAGAGGAAACAAAACAGGCCAAGUUUGCUCUUCAUUUCGACCUGUGUGGUUGUGAUGACACAUUGUGGGACUGAGGAUAUAUUCCAAAACAUGUGACAGCAAAAACUGGAACGUCUGGAUACAUGAAGUAAUGCAAGAACAGGACUACUCGCAGAUAGCAGAACAACAUGAUGCUGCCGAUUUCGAAUGUUUGGACACCGAAAUCCUCCUGGAAUGGCUGACUCAAAGAUAUAAGCUUAAACGCCCAUAUGGCUACAUCGGGGACUCGCUCGUCGCUGUAAAUCCUUGUCAACGACUGGCCAUCUACAGUCAAGAGGAUAAUGAGAAGUACACCAACCUCCGGGUGCGCAGCAAGCAGCCCCCACACAUCUUUUGGGUGGCUGACCACGUGUACCAGUCGAUGGUGGAAAGUCAAGAUGACCAGUGCGUGGUUGUGUCCGGGGACUCGGGGGCCGGCAAGACAGAGUCCACCAAAUACAUCCUCAGCCAUCUGGUCAGACGGGAGAGCACCAAGUCAGAUCUUGUGGAAAGACUAGAACGGGUCAACCCUCUUCUGGAACUUUUCGGAAACGCAGCAACUGUACUGAAUUCAAACUCAAGCCGUUUUGGAAAGCUUGUUGAGCUGGAAUAUGAGUCGACGGGCUGUCUAUGUGCCGCUAAAAUAGAAUGUUUCAUCCUUGAAAAAUUUCGAGUAACAAGUCGCAACCGUCAUGAAAAGAACUUCCACGCCUUCUAUGCCGUGUUCGCCGGGAUGCCAGUACACAGGCUCGACGCCCUCAAUCUGGAGGCCAACGCUGCCUUCUACAGGAUACUCCGGUCGGAAGAUGGUUCCAAUGACGUGUUUAACAGUGUGGAGGAGCAGAAAAAAUACAAGCAAUACUUCAUUGAGCUUGAAGCCAUGUUGCGAGAUGUCGGCUUCACAAAAGAGGAAGUGGACCAGCUGUACAAGGUGGUGGCCGCCAUCUUGCUGAUUGCCAACAUCGAGUUCGACCCGGAUGAGGAUGGCAAUGGUCACGCCGUCAUCUCGGAGUUUUCAGAGGACAGUCUGACCAAAGCGUCAGAUCUUCUCGGCCUGAGCGGGGAGGAACAUGACGAUUUCCACGAAGCCCUCACUUGUGUGAAGAGCAGAGCUGGAGGCGAAGAAAUGAUUCGGAACAAGUCCCCGCGCCAAGCCAACGAUGGACGGGACGCAGUGUCAAGAGAGCUGUAUUCCUCUUUGUUCUAUGGCAUCAUCGACAAGGUCAACCAAAAGCUGUUGGGCGGUGUCCAGCCACAGAGAAACCCAUCUUACCACGUCGAGGCCAGGAACAAAUGCAUUCGAAUCCUGGACAUCUCAGGUUUUGAAAACGUCGCCCACAACGGCUUCGAGCAACUCCUUAUCAACGCUGCCAACGAGCGACUACACUCCUACUUCCUCAAACACACAUUCUGUAGGGAGAGGGAGGAGUACGAGCAGGAGGAAGUUGACCUCAUCCACGUCAACUUCAACGACAACACACCAAUACUUGAUCUCAUAUUCAAGAAACCUCAUGGAAUAUUCCCCCUCGUUGAUGACCAGUUGUCGAUACCUCAGUCCAGCGACAAGACGUUCCUGGAAGCGGUGCUCCGCUACAACAGCAGGAACGACAAGUUCGUCGUCUCUCCUUCAGGGACGUCACAACUACUGUUUGGGGUCAAGCACUACGCUGGACAGGUGAUGUACAACGUGCAUGGCUUCCUGGAGAAGAACAGUGACACCCUCCCCAACAAUCUCAAAGGAGCAAUCGAGGAGAGCAGCAACAUCUUUGUCCGGGACUACUUUCUCCUCGGCAGCAGAGCGACGUUGUCUACAACCAGAGGGGGUCGAAGCUCACUGCGGCUUAGGGGAGGUAGAAAUCGGAGCGCCAUCCCAACAUCGUUUACAAACCCCAGCGCCAACAGAACCACGGGGCGCCUGACGGGCCGGGUGACGGAACACUUCAAGACCUCCCUGGACCACAUGAUGACCAAACUAAGUACAGCAAAGCCAGUGUUUGUCAGAUGCAUUAAGCCAAACCUGGUACUGAAACCCAACAAGUUUGACGGUGGACUGGUUCGCGAUCAGCUUCUGAGCAGCGGGCUUCUCGAAGUGGCCACGGUCCGGAAGGCAGGCUACCCCAUCAGGAUCUCAUACAUCGACUUUGCCGAGAGGUAUGCGAGUAUCAUCGAAGACAUGCGAGUGGAAGGGGGUGCGAGGGAUCUGUCCAAGGCCAUUGUUGAUGAAGCAAGGAUUACAGAGCAUCAGUUCGGCAAGACUAAGAUGUUUCUCAAGAUGUACCACAAGGAUGACCUGGAGGCAAUAGUUGCUCAGAAGAAGGCCGACAAAGAGGCUGCAGUAAAGGCGGCAAAGGAGGAGGAGAGAAGGAGGCGUGAAGAGGAGAGGAGGGCAAGAAAUACCUUGGACUCCUACCCGUUUGAAUCUGUUAAAGGCAGCACUGUGCACGAUACCUUCUCAGAAUCAGGGGUAGGUACUGAGUCCACCGACCCCGACAGUCUAGGUGACAUCGCGGAAGAAGAUGAAGAGGAAGAAGAGGAGAAUGGUGAAUUGAAAAGAGCCACUUCUGAAGAUAAUCUCGGAGAUCAGCCGUCAUACAUGGCGUUCCGAAUGACUGAAAGGGACUUUGAGUAUAACAAUGACUUCGAGAUGAAAAUGCGGCGUGCGUGUCGAUUCUUCCUGUACAUCAUCUUGUCCAGCAUCAUCCUCACAACCGGUGUCUCCACGGUCAUCAGCGUCAUCUGGAUAGCUCAGGCAGAGCCAAAGGCAGAGGACAAGUCCUACACGGGUACCGUGACAAUGCUGUGCCAGCUGUUCCCCGUCAUCGUCACGUGGAUCUCCUGCUUCAUCAAGUCGUGUUUCGGAAGGAAAGAGUGGCCCACGAUUGGCACUAUCAUUGGGAUUUCUUUCGUGGAUGCCCUCCAGUGCUUGGGAAGGUCUCUGUUUCUGUAUAGAGUAUUACCCAGUGUGACUUCCCUUGAGGGGGUCAUUCUCAGCAUGGCAGUAUUACAAGUUCCCGGAUUCUUCAAAAUAUUGACUCACUGUUUCCAGAAAGGGAAAGCGCACAUAGAUGAUCUUAAAACUAAAAGAAGGAAACAAGUAAAGUUUGCGUUGGUCUUGAUAGUCUACACAUUCGCUUUUCUCGUUCAAUUAGGAGCAAUUCCUGUGUUGGUAUUUAGAGACAGAAUUGCCCCAGGAGGCAAACCCAGAACCCUAGCAGACAUUUGGCCGGUGUUCGCUUUUGCUGCACUGACAACAAUAGGAUGGUGGGAAAAUUAUUUUUACGGUGUUUUCGCCUUUGGGAAUAGAGACGUGCAUGUGGGACGAUUCCGGAGGAAUAUUCACCGUGUCAGGGAAACCACUUUUAUUUAUUCUGGACUUCUGCAAAUCGUGCUGAUCACCGUCCUACCGCAAGUGUGGAUCUCGGAACCUGUUGAUGUAUUCAAGGUGUUGAAACAAAUGUUUACGGACUAUGGCAUCAUGUGGUUCCGGGAGAGUUACAUCAUACUUCAUUUCUCCCGGUUUGGUAUUCUGUACAUCAAUAUAGUGUCAACAUUUGUAUGCACCUUCAGUUCCAGUAUAGCCUGCAGACUUCUUCUCCAGAAACUCGCUUUUGCCCUACCGCUUGCGAUCAUACCCCUUGGGGCAUCUGUGAUUGCCGGACUUUGCAUACCAGUUGACAAGGCCAUGUUCUGGUCCAACUCCGACAUCUGCAACCCAAGCUUGUUCAGGUUCGAACCUGAUAUGUACGUUCUGUAUGGUGUUGGUUUCGCUUUGUGGAUGUCGUACCUCAUAUUUUCCAACCACAUUUGGCAACCAGACUGCGAACGAAUGGCUAAGCUUGAUAGGUUAUUCGUCUUCAACCACCGCGAUGCCGUGUUCCCCUACCAGAGUCUAGCAAUGCUGAGACGGCAGGACACCGAGAUGAAGAAGGAGAGAUUGCAUAAAGUGAAGAAGGAGGAGGAGGAGGAGACCGAGCGCCCCCUGGUGUACAUCUGCGCCACGAUGUGGCACGAGACGAGGCAAGAGAUGGUACAGCUCCUCAAGUCGCUCUUCAGACUAGACUUUGACAACUGCGCCAGAAAGAUAGCCGCUAAGAAAUUCGCUGCGGAUAAUAACUCCAUGCUGAAGGAUAACUACGAUGCAGAGAUUCAUAUCAUCUUUGAUGACGCAUUCAUGACGCAUCCGGAAAGCAAACAGCGUGUGGUCAACUCCUAUGUGCAACAACUGCUAGACAUUCUGCCCCAAGCAGCCACGUCUGUGGCUAAAGGGCGGAUGGAACUGAACCCCUUUGACAAGAUCAUUACCCCGUACGGCGGACGCCUGACCCUCGAGAUGCCCGGGGGGACGUUGUUCCAUGUUCAUAUGAAGGACAAGGAGAAGAUACGACACAAAAAGAGAUGGUCACAGAUAAUGUAUCUCUACUACCUUCUGGGCCACAAGCUGGUGGGACAGGAAUAUAGGACGGUAGAAGACCUUAUCAAGGACAAACUUACCUCUAACAAAGCUCAGGCAAAGGAACGAAAGAAAAGGAAUACUCUUCGUGUUCGGCCGUUCACGUCGCUGCUCAACAACCUCCCAGACGAAGUCGUUCGUAAGGCGGAAAAUGUCUUCAUAAUGACUCUUGACGGUGAUGUUGACUUCCGACCUGACGCCGUCCGCCUGCUCAUUGACCGGAUGAAGAAGAACAAAAAGGUUGCUGCUGUUUGUGGUCGCAUCCAUCCAAUUGGCGACGGCCCCAUGGUGUGGUACCAACAAUUUGAGUAUGCUGUUGGUCACUGGCUCCAGAAGGCUGCUGAACACGUGUUUGGGUGUGUCAUGUGUUGUCCUGGGUGCUUCAGUCUGUUCCGUGGAUCUGCCCUCAUGGAUGACAACGUGAUGAGGAUGUACGCCACGGAGCCCACGGAAGCAAGACACUACGUUCAGUACGAGCAAGGUGAGGACAGGUGGCUGUGUACACUCCUCCUUCAACAAGGAUGGAAGAUUGACUAUUGUGCUGGUUCAGACGCCUUCACCUAUGCCCCGGAAACGUUCAACGACUUCUACAUCCAGCGACGACGUUGGUCUCCCUCCACAAUGGCGAACAUCAUGGACCUGCUGGGUUCCUGGCGGACAACUAUUCAGAUGAACGACAACAUCAGCACCCUCUUCAUGGCAUACCAGUUCUUCCUGAUGACCUCCAGUAUCGUCGCUCCGGGCACAGUGGUCUUCAUGAUAGCUGGAUCAUACAACGCUGUGUUGGGUGUCAAUAUGUGGCAAGGCUACCUAAUGUCAGUUCUUCCAGUUCUUGCCUAUAUUCUCCUCUGUCUCAAGGCAAAGACCAGUACCCAGGUCCGUGUGGCCGCUGUGAUGUCUUCCGUCUACGCUAUCGUUAUGAUGAUAGUUACUGUUGGAACACUUAUCAACAUUGUCAACGAAGACUUCUUCACGCCAAAUGUUCUCUUCCUGGUCGGGCUGUCAAUCGUGUUUGUUGUCACUGGACUUGUUCACCCUAAGGAGCUCAUGUGCUUGUUCCAUGGAAUUCUUUAUUAUCUGACAGUGCCUUCAACAUUUGUCUUUUUGACUGUGUUUUUCUUGUGCAAUCUAAAUGUUGUAUCCUGGGGUACACGCGAAGGGCCGAAGAAGGUGGACCCAGCAGAAGAAGAAUUACAGAUGCAAGCGGCAAAGAAAGGAAAAAUCAGAAAAUUUCUCGAUUCACUGGGGAUUGCAUCACUUAUAGAAGACGUGAAAUCCUUCAUGUUUCAAAUCAUCGGAUCAAAGGAUCAGAGGUCCACUCCUUUGCAAGGUCUUACUCCCCAGACAUCAAUAACCAACCUGAACAGAGUUGAGGCAGCAAGACCAUCGCGGCCAGUGAAGAAGGAAAAGGAGAAAAAAGUCAUUCUUGACCCAACAUAUUGGGUUAAAGCACUAGAUAAUGACUCAAAUGUUAGUGAACCUAAAUACCUUGAAGACAAAGAAGUUCGUUUCUGGAAAAAUAUUAUCAACGAAUUUCUUCUUCCCAUGAAGUCCAAUAAGGAACAACAGGAGAAGAUAAAGGCUGAUCUCCUCUCUGCAAGGAACAAUGUGGUGUUCGCCUACUUCCUCCUCAAUUUGAUGUUCACCCUGGUUAUCCUCCAACUUCAACUCAAGCAGGACCUUCUCAAGGAGACGUUCUUCAUCGCAGGGAAAUAUGAGCCUGUGUCUGUGGUUUUCCUCGCCUCAUUCACCCUCCUGCUCAUGAUCCAAUUCUAUGGUUCCUUGGCCCAUCAGUGGGGGACAUUCCUGCAUCUGAUUGCUAGCACUAGAAUCAACUGGUUCAGGGCAAAUGAUGAUGAACGUAAGGCUGUUGAUGCUAUUAAGGAAGCUCAGAAGCUUCAGGCACCUUUAGUAGGUGCUGAUGACCUAAUGCCGGACUAUGACGAUGUCGAUGAGGACGAUGACUACUCCAUGUCCUCCUCCAGGAGAGUGUCGAUAGCAGAUGAGGAAGAACCGGAUUACCCAAGUGAUGACGACGAACCUGCACCCCACGUGUCACAGUAUGAGAGGAACUUUCAGAGGAAUUUCAGAACUGUUCGCAGACAUUUAAAUCACAAUACGCGAUACCAUCCAAGACCUCAAAUACCAACUGUGUCGCGUAAUCAUAGAGAUUAUGCCUUCCAGAGGCGCCAGGACUUAUAUCGCAGCGUGGGGAGAAGUAGACCACGCGAGGAAUAUAACAACCAUGCUUAUAUGGUAUGAAAUCAUGAAGACUUUGUGUAACCUUACAAUGACAAUAUUAUUUAUUUCUCAGUUGCUGUGAGAGGAUGUGUUUAUAUUGUGUUGCAAUGGUGGCUUGAUGGGUGGGUGGGCUAGCAAUGUAGUGUCAGUCAUUCGUUUCUAAUUCUAUAAAUGUGUGUGUCAUAUGAAUCAUAUGUUAUUAUAAUAGUGUAAAUAGCUUUGUUUGUUCAAGGUUAAAUAUUGUAUUUUAAGUCCUGUUUGAGUGAGUGAAUUGGGUUUUGCGCCGCUUUUAGCAAUAUUCCAGAAACCUCGCGGCGGGUAGGGCGUCGAACCAGAAGUGGUUAGCUAUCAGGUUUAUUGGGGUAUUUAUUACCUGCGAGGAUGAUAUGCGCUAUACAAUUUGAGCCAGCAAACAAACAUGGGGUUUGAGAGAUAUAGACAGUCUAGUACCCCUUUAAGUGGCUACAAAUACCAUAGGCUGUUGUGAUAAUUGUUCCUGUGAUCCUCAUUGCUCAAUUUAGAAAGGACAUCAUCAUAUUUAUUUUUUUGUAUAUAAAUACUUCAGUGACAUGGGCAUUCAUAGAUGCAAUCCAUUUUGUUAGUGAAGAAGCGUAAUAUUUCUAUGCGGCUAUGUAUGUUCAGUAUGUGACAGGAAGUGGAAACUGGUACAAUAACUACGGUAUCCGGGACCUGUUGGUGGAUGUGGAUGAGGGAUGAGUCUCUGCAAUAUCUGUGAUCACUGUAUAUAUAUAUAAUUGUCCCUCUGUAUGUUGGCACACCUUUCCAUACUCAGAACAGUUUUCAUAUUGUACAUUAUUAAGGAAUACAAUCAUAUACAUAUUGAUGUCAAUCACUGGAUUGUCUGGUCCAGGAACGGUUAUUUACAGACCGCCGCCAUAUAGCUGGAAUAUUGCUGAGUGCGGCGUUAAACAGCAAACAAACCAACAUUCAACAUCGUUACUAUUGUUUACUUAGCUACACACAAUUGACUGCAUUGAUGGCUUUUUUUCAAAAACAUACAAAUUGCGUUUUCACUCUUUGUCAUUUUGCGUGUCUGAGUCAGUGUGCCUGUUUUGAGGAAACUAUUCGCUAACCACAUGUCCGCAAUACAUAUAUAUACAUAUAAAUAUAAAUGUGUUCAACGGCCACUAUAACAAAUAAAUAUUUAUAUUUUGUGACACACCCUGCAAUAAUAUAUUAUCUUUCGCAUUGUACAAGUUUAAACUCGGUGGUUGGAUGUUUUCAUGUGAUAGGUUUCAGCACUUCGUCUGCAAGUUCACAGACUACUGCUCAGCAUUGUUGUUACGUAAUUUCAUACAACCAUGAGAUUUAUAUUUAAAUAUAUUUUCACUAAUAACAUCACUUUUCUGCUAUGACGUUGAUUAUAUAAGGAAGAGUGGGGAUGGCAUGGGAUGUGUAAUGUCAAAUGUUGGGAACUAAAUGAAUCCGUUUCAUCACUUGAUUAAGUAUUUUUUGUCAGACAUACUGAGAUUCCUUAAGUACUUUUAACAUCCGGUCAAUUAAACGCCCAAGAACCAAAAUACAAUUACCUGUACCAAGACAGUUUCGAGUGAAAGCGUUCCAUCCAGCACCAGGGGGUUUAUGUGUAACAGAGCCCUUGGUUCCGAGAAUGGAUCGCUGCUAUUACACUAUUACAACUAGCUAUGUUAAUUACACGUAUGGUUAAUAUGAUACCGUUCUUGUGUCAUACAGCUUUUUACAAGCACCAGCGGGUUAUCUCUACCAAUAUCGAAAAGUGUGUUUCGUACAAUCAUGUCUUUCAUUUCAUACACGCACUUGUUAUAUUUGUACCAUCUGUUUUACAUCAAAAUAUAUUUAUUUACUUGAUCAUUUUUGUUAAAUUUAAAAAUAAAGAAGUUAAA